UUUCGAAAUUCUGCAGAGGCGGCGGCAGCAGAGGCAGAAGACAGGUUGAGCGCGAUCCGAUAAAAGUGGCGAGGUCGCCGUUGGUCGUUCCUUUGACGCGAGAAGUUCGUUUUGAGAAGUUGACGAGUGGCGAGUCCAUCGGUGUCGCGCUUUCAGUCCGAGAACAUUCCUUGGAAAUUGCCCAGAACCGUUGCGGAUUUCCUCAGCGAACAGAUUCCCUCGUGCGCGGAGAGCAAACCCCAGCUGAACAGUGAACGACUGCCGCCAGUGUCAGGUGUGUAAGCAGAUCAUUAGGAAAGGGAAGGUGUGAGGAAGCAGCGCGCUGAGUUUUGCCUGGAACGUCUCACUCGCGAGAAGCCGUCCGCGUCAGGUCGCACUUUGUUUCCAAUUGGGAAGGAAUUACUCACUCCGUUGAGUAAUUCUCAGUGAUUUCUAAUUUCGUGGUCGUAGCCGGGGAAGUAUUUUCCGCGCGAACGUGCAAAAAUCGUGACUGCGACCAGAACUCUAUUAGUGGCUUUGUGGAGGUCAGUAACGUUGCGCGAACAACAAAGAGUAGUAAAACGGUUCCAUUCAAGUUUUCCAUUGUAUUUCGCGAAAAAUCUCCGUCCUCGAGUUUCUAUCGGAAGCGGUGGUAAUUGCUUGAUUCAGCUCUUCCGCGAUCUCCCGGGAAAAUUCCUCUUGACUAACAUUCCAAGCCCGCGCUGAUAAGUCGCCUGCGAGGACUCUUUCUUCGUCCAAUUCAUUCACUUUCUCAUCACAAUGGCUGUGGCUCAAUCGAUUCGGACUAGUGGUUACAAUAAUAAAAAGUGUUCCAAGGAGAAACGGUUGCUUGGCAUACGACGGCAGGAAGGGUUCCGAUUUGUGCGAAAAGGCAAUUGUGCGGGUGUGUUUUGGUUCGUGGGGCUGCUGGUCGUGUUUCAGGUGCUUCUGAAUGACUGCAUGGCGAAUCCCGUCGCGUCUGAGGCGACGCAGGCCCCCUCUGUAAAGGGUGGACCGACCGGAGCACCCACUAUAACGACAACAACUAGCCCAUUUGAAUCGGUACGAAGUAGCAAUCAAUCAUCAUUAUCUGGUCCUAAGGCCCAAAGAUUGUAUGGUUUUGACGAGCUACGUAUCGACGGUAUUCGUAUUGAGGAGAGCAAUUCCGCGGAAAUUGGUGACAAUGGAGUUCCAAGUGCAUUAGGUCAAUCGGAAGCUGUAUUACGAAUUUUCGGCAGUGGAAUUACUAAUUAUACGUAUAUCACAUUUACAACGGAUUCAAAUGUAUACGGGGGAUCAUGUCAAGUGACGUUAACAAAACCAUUCCGCAUUAUACAAGGCACAAGUACAGGCAAUACUGCUUUAGUGAAAGUUACAAUGCCAGAAGGUGAACACACGUUGUUCAUAUGUGCCAAAAACGAUGAAGGUGAAGUAAUACAUGACGCAACACUUGCCAAACCGCUGAUACAUCAAGGUGCUGAUUCGUGGAAGACAAUUACUACCUACAAAUCGUUACUGCCAGUAUGGUUGUCUAUUUGUAUAAUUUUCACAUGUUUGUGCUUCUCAUGUCUUUUCUCUGGCUUGAAUUUGGGUCUCAUGUCAUUGGACAAGACCGAAUUGAAGAUUCUAAUGAAUACUGGUAAAGCAAAAGAACGUGAGUAUGCUGCUACUAUUGCGCCUAUUCGCGAGCACGGAAACUACUUAUUGUGCAGUAUUUUGUUGGGUAACGUGUUGGUAAAUUCAAUAUUUACAAUUCUGUUGGAUGGUCUAACUUCGGGAUUAUUUGCUGUCAUAUUCUCCACCCUUUGCAUCGUGAUAUUCGGUGAAAUUUCACCACAGGCUGUCUGUUCCCGGCAUGGCCUGGCAGUCGGUGCUAAAACUGCAACAAUUACGAAAGCUGUUAUGGUUUUAACAUUCCCAUUAUCCUAUCCGAUUGCUAAAAUACUAGACUACAUUCUAGGAGAAGAAAUUGGAAGCGUAUACAAUCGUGAACGUUUGAAGGAGUUGAUCAGAGUCCAAACUGGCGACUUGGACAAGGACGAAGUUAAUAUUAUUUCGGGCGCUUUAGAACUUCGUAAGAAGACUGUCGGAGAAGUUAUGACUCAUAUUGAGGAUGCGUUUAUGUUAUCACUUGAUGCCGUUUUGAAUUUCGAGACUGUUUCGGAAAUUAUGAAAUCAGGAUUUUCUCGUAUACCUGUUUACGAUGGAACACGCACUAAUAUAGUGACACUGCUUUACAUUAAAGAUUUAGCAUUUGUCGAUCCGGACGACAAUACACCAUUGAAAACAUUAUGUGAAUUCUACCAAAACCCUUGUCACUUUGUAUUCGAGGACGUAACAUUAGAUGUAAUGUUUAAACAAUUCAAAGAGGGUCACAAAGGACAUAUGGCUUUUGUUCAUCGUGUAAAUAAUGAAGGUGAUGGCGAUCCAUUCUAUGAAACGAUUGGUUUGCUGACUUUGGAGGAUGUCAUUGAGGAAUUAAUUCAAGCUGAGAUUAUGGACGAAACAGAUGUAUUUACAGAUAAUAGGACUAAAGUACGAAGACAGCGUGCAAGGAAACAGGACUUCUCAGUCUUCGCAGAACGUAAAGAAAAUCAAAGAAUACGAAUAUCACCCCAGUUGACAUUGGCUACGUUCCAAUAUCUAAGUACAACUGUUGACGCGUUCAAGCCGGAUGCAGUGUCUGAAACAAUCCUACGUCGUCUCUUGAACCAAGACGUUGUGCAUCACAUCAAAGUGAAAGGAAAAGAUAAAUCAGAUCCCAGCUUGCUGAUCUACACGCAAUCGAAAGCUGUAGAUUUCUUUGUACUUAUUUUGGAAGGUCGCGUUGAGGUCACAGUUGGACGAGAAAACUUAGUCUUUGAGAGUGGCCCAUUCACCUACUUUGGUACCCAGGCGUUGGUGCAAAAUGUUGGAAUUGCGGAAUCGCCCAACAAUCAGCAAAGUGCUAUGGGAUCACUGCAAUCAUUAAACGUCGAUGCACUGCUGAGACACACAUUCAUUCCCGACUAUUCAGUACGCGCUGUCACUGAGGUCAUCUAUAUUGCAAUUAAACGCAACCUUUAUUUGGCUGCAAAGCGUGCCACCCUAUUGGAGCGUGCACAGCGGAUCGGUGAACCCACCAGUGAGACAUUCGACGACGAGGUGGAGAAAUUAUUACAUUCUCUCGACGAAGAUGAUCGAAGUAUAGCUGCCCAUACGAAAGAUUUAAAUAGUAUGACGCCUAGAAGUCGUAGUAAAGGAACCAGCAAUACACCCUCACCAAUAACAUCACCCGAACAAAAACCUAAUGGUCCUACAAUAGCGUCGCCAACAGAUCGUGAUAUAAAAGCAACUGUAGCCCUUCUGCAAGAGGAGAGAAAUGCUGCCGAAGAGCAACAAGAACUAAACAAUACAAUGAGUGAAAAAAGUGAUCCAGCAACUGAAUACCUCCUUGCACCACAUUCGAAAUCCUAACACUUCGCCCAACAUUUACAACUAUUAGAUACUGUCUUUAAGAUAUUAUUUAAAAAUGUUAUCAAUUUCUAAAAUUGAACACUUUACAAAACGCAAAAGUUCAGUAGGAUCGUAAAAGUAUACACACAUUAGGUGUAAAAUGAAAUAAAAAGAUGAAAGAACCAAACAAAUCGAUAAAUAUUUACUAGAGUAUUUAACACAAGUUGAUUUUGUUAUUAUGGUUGCUUAUUUGUAAGUUGAAAGUUCAGUCGUUUUAAUGUUAUUUUAAUUAGAAAUUUGCGUGCUAAAUUUUCUUAUGUAUCCACUAGAAGAAGGCCAAGCUUUAUGUGCAAAGCCGUUCCAAAAAAUAUCAGUAGACAAGCAUCUGACGGUAGCAGUAAAAUCGAUCCGCCAAACAACGAGUCACAAGCAAACGGAAAUGGAAUCAUUCACGCCUAGAAAGCCUUUCCAAUACAGUAAAAGUAGACUUAUUUAUUUUCUAGCUGCCAUUGUUCGGUUAAGCCAACAAUCACUACUUAUUCCAGUCUUAAUUUGUAAUUACCACGAUUGUCUUGUUCUUGUUUUAAGGUAUCCUAAUUUUAUCUUAUUAUACGAUUAAGACUCAAAGAGAUGAAUAAAUAUGCAUAUGCGCUAUGUUACAAAAGUGUGGAAGGUGAUUGCAGUUACGUAAAUUUGAAGAACGAUGACGUUGUAAACAAUUUAUAUUAUUACUUUUAUGAUAUAUAUUAUAUGUAUGUUAUGUCGAUGUGCCGUCAAUCAUUUGGAUUUGACGACUCAACAUCGCUUUCUUUUUUGAGAAGAGUUUCUAUAAUGAUAGAAGAUAUUCGAAGUAGCAUGUCCAUUUAACGUUCUGGUUCUCUUACAUUGUACUUAAAAGCAAAGAAGGAAAGACUUCCCAACUUCGUUAGAUACAUAAAUAUAUGUUCGUUAUAAUUUAUAUAUAUUAAGAUAAAAGAACUAAGUUUCUAUUUUUCAUAUUGUUUUUAUUAUUGUUUAUUCAUUUUACUGAUGAUUUAUUCAUUUACAAUUACUUUUCUUCUUCUUACAGUCUAAUCAAUUAUGUUAUAUAAUUUUUGUAAGCAGCAAAAUAUAUGUGAAGAAUUUAAUACUUCCUUCAAUUCAAAGCAGAGAUAUUUAGUGAUAAUAAAAUUGUUUAUAAUGAAACUAGGGAGUUCCGUCUAUUUUCCGUAGUUUUAUAGAAAAAUUCCAAUAUUUCAGUUCUGAUCGAACCUGUGACUCCGAUCAAUUGGAAAUAGAAAUGGUGGGAAUAUCCUUUACAGUAGAGCUCUUCUUAAACGACCUGUUCGGACCGAGAAAUUUGCGAUUUUUAUUCAAAAGGAACUUAUUUCACCAGGUAUCAGAAAAAACAAGCAAAUUAUUGGAAUUCAUUUGAUUGUAAGUAAAUUGUAUGAAACAUAAAUUGUGUAAAUCAUAAAUUGUAUAAAAUAUUGUACAUAACUCGACAAUAUACGCCUCGCCUACCAA